CGAGUGGGGCCGAGGCCCGCGGCGCUGUGUCUGGGAGCCGAGGCGGCAGGGCGCACCCCAUCCGACAGCCAGGCGGAGCCAAAGAUGCCGGCCUCUGCUGUGCAGCCCUGCCUGGGCCUUGGUUCGCCUCCGGCCUCGCCCUUCCCGCUGCUGCUGCUGGCGGUGCUGAGCGGCCCAGUGUCCGGCCGUGUCUCCCGUUCGGUGCCCAGAACCUCCCUUCCCAUCUCUGAGGCUGACUCCUACCUCACCCGGUUUGCUGUCCCUCAGACACGUAAUUACUCUGUUCUCCUUGUGGACCCUGCUUCCCACACUCUUUAUGUCGGCGCCCGGGACACCAUCUUCGCUUUAUCUCUGCCCUUCUCAGGGGAGAGACCCCGCAGGAUUGACUGGAUGGUGCCUGAGGUGCACAGACAAAACUGUAGGAAGAAAGGCAAGAGGGAGGACGAAUGUCACAAUUUUGUACAGAUUCUCGCCAUUGCCAAUGCUUCUCACCUCCUCACUUGUGGCACCUACGCUUUUGAUCCGAAGUGCGGGGUUAUUGAUGUGUCCAGUUUCCGGCAGGUUGAAAGACUUGAGAGUGGCCGGGGGAAAUGUCCUUUUGAGCCAGCUCAGCGGUCAGCAGCUGUAAUGGCUGGGGGGGUCCUCUAUGCUGCCACUGUGAGAAACUACCUGGGAACGGAGCCAAUUAUCUCCCGGGCUGUGGAUCGCGCUGAGGACUGGAUUCGGACAGAGACCUUGCCAUCCUGGCUUAACGCCCCAGCCUUUGUUGCAGCCGUGGCUUUGAGCCCAGUCGAGUGGGGGAAUGAAGAUGGAGAUGACGAAAUCUACUUCUUCUUUACGGAGUCUUCCCGGGCAUUGGACUCAUACGAGCGCAUUAAGGUCCCACGGGUGGCCCGCGUGUGUGCGGGGGACCUUGGGGGCCGGAAGACCCUCCAGCAGAGGUGGACGACGUUUCUCAAGGCUGACCUGCUGUGUCCAGGGCCUGAGCAUGGCCGGGCCUCCAGUGUCCUGCAGGACAUGGCCAUACUUCGACCUGAGCAUGGAGCAAGGACCCCCAUCUUUUAUGGCAUCUUUUCCUCUCAGUGGGGGGGAGCUGCCAUCUCUGCUGUCUGUGCCUUCCGACCACAAGACAUUCGGACAGUGCUGAACGGCCCCUUUAGAGAGCUGAAACAUGACUGCAACAGGGGACUGCCUGUCCUAGACAAUGAUGUGCCCCAGCCUAGACCUGGAGAGUGCAUCACCAACAACGUGAAGCUCCAGCAGUUUGGCUCAUCUCUCUCCCUGCCUGACCGUGUACUCACCUUCAUCCGGGACCAUCCACUCAUGGACAGGCCAGUGUUUCCGGCUGCUGGCCAUCCCCUGCUGGUCACUACAGAUACAGUCUAUCUCAGAGUUGUGGCCCACAGGGUGACCAGCCUCUCAGGGAAGGACUAUGAUGUCCUCUACCUGGGGACAGAGGAUGGACACCUCCACCGAGCAGUACAGAUUGGAACCCGGCUCAGCGUCCUUGAGGAUCUCGCCUUAUUCUCAGAGCCACAGCCAAUUGAGAACAUGAAAUUGUACCAGGGCUGGCUCCUGGUUGGCUCCCAUACCGAGGUGACACAAGUGAACACAACCAACUGUGGCCGUCUCCAGAGCUGCUCAGAGUGCAUCCUGGCCCAAGACCCUGUCUGUGCCUGGAGCUUCCGACUGGGGGCUUGUGUGCCCCAUACCAGGGAGCAUGGAGGGCUGGUGCAAGGCAUGGAGUCAGCAGACAUCUCCUCUUUGUGUCCCAAGGAGCCUGGAGAACACCCGGUAGUGUUUGAAGUUCCUUUGGCAACAGCUGCACACGUGGUCUUGCCGUGUUCCCCAAGCUCAGCGUGGGCAUCCUGUGUAUGGCACCAGCCUGGUGGAGUGACUGCACUCACCUCCCGGCGGGAUGGGCUGGAGGUGGUGGUGACCCCAGGGGCCAUGGGAGCCUACGCCUGUGAAUGUCAGGAGGGUGGGGCAGCGCGAGUAGUAGCGGCUUACAGCUUGGUAUGGGGUAGCCAACGGGCGCCCCCAAGCCGGGCCCACACAGUGGGGGCUGGGCUGGCUGGCUUCUUCCUGGGGGUUCUUGCAGCAUCCAUGACUCUCCUCUUAAUUGGUCGGCAUCAGCAGCGACGGCGGCAGAGGGAACUCCUGGCACGAGACAAGGUGGGCUUGGACCUGGGGGCCCCACCGUCUGGAACCACAAGCUACAGCCAGGACCCUCCCUCCCCCUCUCCUGAAGAUGAGCGGCUGCCCCUGGCCCUGGCCAAGAGGGCCAGUGGCUUUGGUGGCUUUCCUCCACCCUUCCUGCUUGAUCCUUGCCCGAGCCCAGCCCACAUUCGGCUAACUGGGGCUCCUCUAGCCACGUGUGACGAAACAUCCAUCUAGAGCUGGGCAAAUGACCACUAGUGCAUGGUGAUCACUGGAAUAGAGUGACCACUGAUAUGUGGGGUCACUGGGCCAGAAAGACCAUCAGGACCUCCAGUUGUCUUUAAGUCUGAGUGACCACUUAGACUUCAGUAUCUGCCCUUUCUGGGCCUGGACAGGCUAAUGUCCAAGACAGGCCUUUGCCUGAUUCCUGAUUCCCAUGAGAGGUCAGAGCUUCUGCUCUGUAGCUAAUCUAGGCUUUUCCCAACCCUGCCCUCUGAACCCCUGUGACCCCUUCAGCCCUGGCCCCUAUCUUGGGCCCCUUAGUUUUGGGGAUGGGGCAUAAGACACAACUAGGACUUCGGCGUCUGUUUGGGCCCUGGCCGCUUCUGGUUGGGCCCUGGCCAGAAGGAAAAGCCAAGGAGGUGGUUGGGGCUAACAGACGCUGAGUCCUUGAGUGGUUUGCUGAUUCUCACAGUUUAUCUGACUCUCUGUAGGGGAGUGCAUGGUCCCCAUGUUGCAACAUGGAAUCUCUGCCCUGAGAUCUCCCCCUUCCCAAUUCUCCUUUCAUGAAAGAGCAUGUGUAAAUACAUGG